AUGGCCAAAAUUUCCAUUUUCCUCGGAUACCUCCACGCGCUCCUAAUCCAAGUCCCCCAGCACGGAUACCACAACAUCUCACGCGUCUUCCAGCCUCAGAUCCGAAGCCUCGCCGACAGCUUGACCGCUAAUACCAGCCGUGUUGGCAAGGAGAUCGAAUUGCAAUCUAUGAAGCCUAAACAGACUGGAGGAGCAGGAGCAGGAGCAAACAAGAACGCAUAA